AUGUGUUGGCUACUCCACUUCAUGUUAUACUUCUUUUUGUCUUUUUUCCGAAAUUUUGAAGAAAUCAUGAAACUUUACAUCCUGUUUCUUAUUUUUCCGCUGAUAUUUGCAAUUAUAAGCCAGCGCACCCAGAUUAUGGUUUUAAUGCACGGCGAGGUGUUAACUCACGGCGGGGGUUUGUCCGACUUCACCAAAAAGCCUGUGAACUGGUCUACUUGCGUAACAAAUUGCCACUCAAAAGUGAACUGUAUUGUAGCGGGAUUUGAAUAUGAAACCUGUACACAUAUUGAGUUAGGCAGAGUUUUCACGAUUAAGAGGUUGAAUGCCUACUCCGAGAAGAUGGUGGCAGUUAAGACCGUGACCAAUUUGACCAGUUGUGGCUAUGGAAAUGGAUUGCAAGGGUUUAUAGGCUCUAAUGAAUCCUAUAAAGUAAUAAUAUCUCAGGGUACUUGGACUAUUCAGGAGCUCAAGUGUUCUGAGGGUUUCCGAAUGUUUCACCGACAUAAGGGAUCAUGGUGCAUUAAGGUUGUUACACGACCCGGAACAUCUCAAGCUGAAGGUGCCAAUUUUUGCUAUACGCAGCAUAAUGGAGUGCUCAGUAGUUUUGAUAGCGAAGAGGAGAAGAAUUUUGUACUGAAUGAAACAAUGAGGUUUGUAGAAAAAUAUCAGAUACAUGCUGGGUAUCAAGGCGAUGCAUAUUGGAUGAAUGGGGAGCGGAAGAACAGUUGCAUGCACCAAUACCAAGAAGGGUCGGAUUGCGAUGGAAUAAAGGCCUUCAACAUAACGGAUCCCUUGAUAUCUGAAGUUUUUGAAAACUGGGCCGACAACCAACCGAGUGGCAUGCGUGACAACAAGGGAGCUGGUGGUUGCAUAGUCUUCCGAGUUGGAACAAAAGAAGGUAGAUCAACCGAUGACGUCCCGUGUGAUUGGGGGAAUUUUCCUCUCGGAACCUUUCAAUACCUGAUAAAAGGAUUCAUCUGUGGGACACGGCCGGGUUGAUUGUUCGAACGUUUUCAUUUUUGGAACAUAUUGAAAUAAAAUGUGAAUGUGUUG